AAACAAAUGGUACUCUACUGCUAGUAGUAGAAUUUUUAGAAAGAAGCUAAAACCCUCGUUUUAUAUUUUAUAAAAAAGGAAAAAAGAAAAAAAAAAGGAGAAAUAGCCCCAACUAAAUUUAACCCAAACCCUAGAGAGAAAUUCACCUUUCUUAUCCCAAAAUUUUCUCAGAGCUGUAACUUUUUCUUGCUCAUGGAAAUUUCUACCUUACCGGAAAAUUCAAGCGCCGCCACCGGCAACCUUGUGAAUGAGGUGGGUGGCGGUGGGUUUGAUGAAGAAGAAAAGCUAAAAGUUGAAGAGGGUGACCGGUACUUAGUCGGUACCCGGUGGCCACGGCAAGAAACCAUGGCUUUGUUGAAGAUAAGGUCUGAUAUGGACGUUGCAUUUAGAGAGGCCGGACUGAAAGCUCCACUUUGGGAAGAGGUUUCCAGGAAAUUAAGUGAGCUUGGAUAUAACCGAAGUGCCAAGAAAUGCAAAGAAAAGUUUGAGAAUAUUUAUAAGUACCAUAGAAGAACAAAAGAAGGCAGAUCUGGCAAGGGAAAUGGCAAGGCUUAUAGGUUUUUUGAGCAAUUAGAAGCACUAGACAAUAAUCAAGUGUUGUUAUCAUCUUCUUCCACAGAUAUAGCUCACUCUUCCAUGGCUGCAGUCGCAGUAAACCCAGUAAAUAUUAAUACAAGUACUAUUCUGAGUUCAAUCCAAAGCCCAAGUAUAAAUUUUGUCGAUAACGGCUCUACUUCGGCCACCUCUACUUCGAGUGAAGAAUCGGAAGGAACAAGAAAGAAGAAAAGGAAAUUGACGGAGUUUUUUGAGAAGUUGAUGAAGGAAGUUAUUGAGAAGCAAGAGAGUUUGCAAAGGAAGUUUUUGGAUGCAAUAGAGAAGUAUGAAAAAGAUAGAAUGACAAGAGAGGAAGCAUGGAAGAUGCAAGAAUUGGAUAGGAUUAAGAGAGAACGUGAAUUGUUAAUCCAAGAACGAUCAAUUGCAGCUGCAAAAGAUGCUGCUGUGCUUUCGUUCUUGCAGAAGUUCUCAGAGCAAACUAGCUCAGUGCAGUCGCCUGAUAAUCAAUUAAUUCCGGUGCAAUUGCCUGAGAACCAAAUAGUUCCUGCAGAGAAAGUAGUGAUGGCACAGGAAAAUAAUAAUAUUGAGAGCUUUGGUCAUAUGAGCUCGUCAAGAUGGCCUAAAGAAGAAAUCGAAGCCCUGAUUAGUCUAAGAACGAAACUUGAUAUGCAAUAUCAAGAUAAUGGACCAAAAGGGCCAUUAUGGGAGGAAAUAUCAGCAGAAAUGAAAAAGCUUGGUUAUAAUAGGAAUGCAAAGAGGUGCAAAGAAAAAUGGGAAAAUAUGAACAAGUACUUCAAGAGGGUCAAAGAGAGCAAUAAGAAAAGGCCCGAGGAUUCAAAGACUUGUCCUUAUUUUCACCAACUUGAUGCCAUAUAUAAAGGGAAGACUAGGAAGGUUGACAAUCCAGUUACUUCUGGUAAUGAAUUGAAGCCCGAAGAACUUCUAAUGCACAUGAUGGGUGGCCAAGAAGAAAGGCAACAGCAGGAAUCAGUGACGACAGAGGAUGGAGAAAGUGAAAAUGUUGAUCAGAAUCAAGAAGAUGACAGAGAAAAUGACGAUGAAGAUGGUUAUCGAGUCGUCGCUAAUGAUCCUUCUGCAGUGGCUAUGAUGGAGUGAUUACAGAAAAAGGAGAGGAACUAAACUUUUUUCUGCAAUACUGUGAGAUGUGGGUCAGAGUCGGUGCAGAGACUGUUUGAUAGCUUUGUAAACACACAUUCAAGCUCAAGAGCUUAUUAUGAAGGCCUCAUGGAGAACAGGCAUCUCUGUAUAUGCAUAUGGAAAUUAUUUGUUGAAUAAAACAGCAUCAUAGAGAUAGAGAUAGAAGACCAGAACUAGAAUAAACAGUUUAAUGUGUAAUAUAUAGUAUACUUGUAAUUUUGUUUUGAUUGUUCACACGUGUGUAAAAGUGGGAAAUGUUAUGUUUUAUUUUUUCUUUAUCAAUCAAUUUUAUCUGCCAUCACUUUCUUAA